AUGGACUUGCAGUUGAAAGAUAAGCUCUGUGUUGUGACGGGAUCCACGGGAGGAAUUGGUAUGGCGAUUGCCAAGAUGUUGGCCCAGAACGGCGCCGUGGUAAUUGUGAACGGUCGAAGCGAAGAGUCCACCGAAACUGCUGUUCAGAUUAUUUCCAAGCAUAUUGGUGGCAAUGAUGCUGCAUCCCAGCGUGUGUGGGGAGCUUCGGGCGACGUGUCCUCGGCAGACGGUGUGGAAAGCUUCAUCUCCAAGAUCAUGGAGAUUCAAACAUCCAUGAAGCGUGAAGUGGUCGAUGUUCUCAUAAACAACGUGGGCAUGUUUCAUUCUCAAGAUUUUGUCGAUGUUACGGACGAAAAGUGGUCACAGUACUACGAUACGAAUACCAUGUCAGGGGUUCGCUUGAGCCGCCAUUUUUUGCCCCGAAUGAUGAAACGCAACUCAUUUGGUCGUGUCCUCUUUGUUUCGAGUGAAGGGGCCCUGAAACCGCUGCCCAACAUGAUUCCCUACUGCGUUUCCAAGACGUCGCAAUUGUCCUUAUCGCGCGGCCUUGCCGAGCUCACCAAGGGAUCCAACAAUAUCACGGUGAAUGCGCUGCUGCCAGGUCCGACACUCACCCAGGGAGUGAAGGACUACAUGAAAAGUUGGGCGUCGGACAACGGAUUUGGAGACGAUAUCGAGGCCGCGUCGUCCAAGUACUUUGAACAAUUUGAGCCAACAUCCUUGCUGCAACGAUUUCUGGAUCCCGACGAAAUUGCCUUUGCCGCGGUCUUUCUGUGCAGUCCCCGUGCGAGCGGCAUCAAUGGGAUUGCCCAACACGUGGAUGGGGGAAUCGUUCGGCAUAUUUCUUGA